AUGAGUAUAGGUAGCAAUAGUCAACACGGCUUAUGGUGGGACUGCAUCAGAGCCGAGAAGCAUGUCGUUGCAGUGGGCGACUUUUACGAUGAAACACCUCUACAUUGCAUGUACAAAUUUGAUAACUCAGCCGAGAUGGUUAUUGAAAAUACGCUGAAUAAUAUCGACGAGGAUGGUGCUGCUGGUGAAAGCGAACACCAUCGGUUUUGGGCUUGGCAUAAAGCGAUUCUAUUCUUCAUCAUCACCUCACAAAUACUUGCAUUUCUUUCAAUAUGUACAGGAGUUUGUGCUCCAUGCUUUCCACCAACUGCCUUCGUAUUCACGAUCUCACUCUUUAUUGCAUGUUUUCAAUUAUGUAGUGUCACUAAUGCUGCUGUUACAGUAAUCUGCUCUCUUAUUGCUGAUGGUGUAUUUUUCCUGGCAGCGAAUCGCGUUGACAACCGAUUUGUUCAGGGAAUGGUUGGGACAUAUGAGGUGUGA